AUGAGGGUAAUGUUACAAUGCGUAUUGACGAUCACAUGCAUGACGUCAUUAUCUGACACGACUGAACUUUUAGAACAUAUGUUCAGAAGAGUGAGAGAUGAAAAGUUCAUACCUGACGGUAAAGUUGGAAUCGGACAUCUAAAAAACAUCGUCAUUAACACUCCACUAGAUUGUGCCGUAGAGUGUUUAAAAACAUCGACCUGUGCCCGGAUAAAUGUUGGGAAACUGACGGAAACGGAGUGGAGCUGUGAUUUGUUUGGAUGGGGCACAGGUACAAAAACAACUAGCCCAAAUGAUCAACAUUGGACAAUCAUCAAUGAAUGUGAAGGUGGCUUUUUAACAAACAUCUACGAAGGUUCGUCAUAUUGCAUAAUCGAGGAGCAACUUGAAUGGAAAGAUGCUGAGAUGAAAUGUAUCGAGUAUGACGCUCAUCUGGUUGCCAUAGAGACUUCGAACGAACAAACAUCUUUGGUGAACUACCUGGAGAAUAACUCUGGCCCAGCUUCUAGCGGAGCAAAAAGCAAAGACCCCGCUGAAAUCAUGAGGAGGCCCCGCUGA